AUGGCUGUGAAGGUGAAUGGUGCGCGCGAGGAGGGCGGCGACGGCUGGAGCGGCGUGUUGGCGGACGCGGUCACUAAGUGCGGGCGUGACAGCGAACGGAGGCUCUUCGUGUACGGCAUCAGCUUGAACCGCUGCCCCAAGUGCCAGGCGCGACUCCGGAGCGACAAUGACACGUGCGUGAGCUGCCACUACACGCACAAGACGCCGCGUACUACCAAGCCCCACCACUGCUUCGCGAUUGAUGGGGCCAGCGGCAAACAUUUUGUGGACUCCGCGUGGUCAGACGAGUUUGCAACGAUGGUGCAGGAAACGUAUCGGAAGCGUCUUCACGACAAGAUGCUGACAGAGGAAAAGCCGGCCAAGGUGCCUGCUUCGACAGCAGCAGCAGCGGCGGCUCCAGAACAACAACAGCAGCAAGCAGCGCCGGCCAUGAAUGGGGCUCAGGGUCAAAUCGCUCCCGCCUCGUCGGCAGCGACGACGCCCCAACGUUCUGCAGAAGGCACGUCGUCGUCGGUGGCGACGAUAGGCACACCGGCUACUGUGAAUGGUGCUGCGGGGGUUCCUUCUACUUCUGUUUCGAAUGGUGGAAGCACACAGACGUCAUCAAGUUCAAAUGCACACAAGCACGAGCAAUCAAGAAAGCGUCAACUACCUGGACCAGAGGACACGCGCGAUAGAAUUCAGAAAGCUCUUCGCUCUGAGGAAACUUCACGUCCAGCUGGAGCAGCAGUGGCAGCACCGGCACCAUCGACUGACGGUAUGAGUUUGUAUGAUCGUGUUAAGGCCAUGCAUGACAGGCGAGCGAAGGCUGCGCAGCCCAGUGCUCCGAAACAAGCGCCGUCGCCAAAGAUGAGUUUGAGCCAGCUACUUACUCAACAAACCGAAGAGCGACAGCGGCUACAGCGAGAGCAGGCUGGACAGCGGAGGAAAGAGCAAAUGGAGCUGCAGCAAGCCCAGUUGAGGAACGAACAGCGGCGACGUGAGCUUCAACAAACUGAACGCUUGCGAGUGGAACAACAGAAGGUAGAUCAGCGACGCCAAGAAGAACAGCGACGGCAGGAGGAGCAGAGACGCCGUGAAGAGCAGCGACGACAGGAGGAACAGCGGCGGCAGGAGGAGGAACAGCAGCGACAGGAGGAGCUGCGGCGACAAGCGGAACAAAAACAACAACUACCCGCGUUCUCGGAGGCAAUGGUUCCUCGUCAGACAUCUGGAGGUUUCAGUCCUAGCAAGACCGGCGAAGACGACGAGCUACGCGCGAUCUGGGUCAGCGAUUAUGACAAGGUCAACGCGCUGAUCGCUCAGCUGGACAAGGAGAUCUUGAAGCGGACGGAAGAGGGGCACUCGUUCGUUCACAUGUCAAACAACAUCACCAUCCCGGAGCAGCUGAAGCUCAAGAUCAACCAGCUUCGAGCUCAGCGGGACGCUGCAAUCAAGAAGCGGUUGGAGUCGGUGGUCCGCGUGCUGAUCUUCUCCGACGCGGUGCGUUCUUUUGCCCAGCAAAACGAGCACACAAACAUUUGGAGCGACGUGCCGGAGGUGCUGAAGGCGUCGCACAAGAAGUGCGCCGAGUUGGCCGCGGACAUCGAAGAGUUCGAGGGGCAGGCGCAGAAGCUGCGGGAAGGAAUCGACGAGGCCGUGUCGAGCGGGAACCCCGCGCAGAUGCAGAAUGUGGCGCACCUGGGCGCGCUCAUUGCGGACCUAGAGCGGAAGAUCCGCGCCUCCAACGCCGAGCGCGACAAGCAGUUCAUCUUCAUGUUCCAGUUCAGCGACACGCUCCGAAGCAUGGUGCGCUCCGAGUGGGCAACAUCAGGGAGAGGAGGAUACCAGUUGCAGUCGAGUCAAUAA